AUGGAUGCCCGGCUUGUGAAGAUUGAUUCCAGCGACGAAAGCUCCUUCAUUAAUACCUUGGCUCCAGAUUCGAGUGUCACGUGGGGCUACUGGAUUGGCCUGACUGAUGUUGACAUGGAAAAUCAUUGGAAAUGGUCUGACGGAAGUCCAUUGAACGCGUACAUGUAUGAGAACUGGGGAACUGACGAGCCAAAUAAUUUCCAGGUCGAGGAGGAUUGUGUAACUAUAUAUGAAGAAGUGUGGUUAGACGUACCUUGUGAUUUUAAGGCUAAGUUCAUUUGCGAGAAAGAAAAAGAAGCUUAA